AAUUAUAAAAAGGGGGAAACUUGCUAAUGCGCUGAAGCAGGGAAUGCUAACAAGUGAGUCUCCUUUAAGUAGAAAUGACCUUAAAGUUGCGAAGUGAAGACUCAUUUGGCAUUUUUUAUUAUUUUUUUAUUUUUUCCAAUUCGUUGCAAUUUUUUUGGCGUAGUUGUUGUCCCCCCCCUCCAAAUGACCAUGUCAGCACACAAUGAAGAGCUGCAAAAACAACGCGAACUUCUUCUGGUGCAACUUGAAAAAGAAGCUGCGGCUGGAUGGGCGAAAGUUUGAAGACUCAAGAAACAUUUCGAUAUACUUUCUGGGAGAACACGGAAAUGUAGAGGUCUCCAUUGGGCACACAAAAGUUAUAUGCAAAAUCACGAGUGAAAUUGUGAAGCCGUUUGAUAAGAGACCAAACGAGGGAAUCAUAAAAGUAAAUUUAGAUAUAGAUAGUUUUACAAACGUAAAUGACAAUUCGCAAAUUAGUGAUGAAUGUUUGGAAAUAAAAAAUUUAAUUGAACGAAUUUUAAAAUCAAGUAAUCUGUUAAAUUUGGAAUCUUUGUGUAUUAUCCCCCACAAGAAGGUGUGGUGUUUGCUAGUAAACAUUAUUGUGAUAGAAAAUGAUGGGAAUUUAUAUGACUCUUGCUAUUUGUCUGCGUACAGCGGGUUGGUACAUUAUCGAAAUAAUGAAGUGACCGUUGAUAGCAGUGGGAAUAUUAUUAUCGAAGAGGGGGAGACGAAUUACACCCCCUUGUCUAUUCAUAAUACUCCCAUUUUGACUACCUUUGCGUACUUUAAUUGUGAAGACAUUUGCCUGAUCGAUCCGUCCAUACACGAAGAAGAAUUUAUGUCCUCCAAAUUAUCCGUUGCACUUAAUAAGAAUGGAAAAUUGGUGAGUAUAUUAAAACCGGGGGGGUCGCCCAUCUCGUAUGAAAAAAUAUUGGAAGCUAUCGAGUUGGCGAAAAAAAGAGUUAAAAGCAUUUUGAAAAUUUUAGAAGAUGCUUUAGAGGAAGAUAAACAUUUAAGAAAUAGCUUGAAAAAGAAAAAUCUACACAUCAAAUAUUCUGCCAAUCCUGUGCAUAUAAAAUAUGACGACGCAAAUGUUCAGGCAAAACCGAUGGUUAUCCCCCCCAACAAAUCAGUAAAAAAUAAUCUUAACAUUGAAAAAAUUAUAAAAAAAUAUGAACAGUACAUAUAUUCUCAGGAGGUGAAGAAGGAGGAAAAAGAAAAAUCGGCGCAGGGGGAGUCAACCCUAGGGGAUAGCACACUCACAAGUCAGUACCUCCUAAACGAAGAGCUUCGAAAGUUGAAGCAGGAAAGAGGAGCAAAAAAUGCUGACGAAUUUGCUUACAUGGGUAAGUAUGAUGACGAUAUCAGCGACAUUAGUAGUGAACUGGACACAAAAAAUGAGGAAGACUUUGGAAAUGCAGAUGUGGGGAAGAUAAAGAGACAAGAAUUUAGUGACGCCAACUCGCAACUGCAUAAUUUGAAAAUGCAAAGGACGAGCGGGGUUCCCAAGAAGGAGAUGCCCAUCCCUGCAGGGUCGCAAUCGACGGGUGUCAUCAGAACGGCGAAUGACAGGAUAGACGCCCCUGUUCGCGCAAACCCGUAUUUUAAGGGGCUCCCAAGUUUCGAGGACGAUAAAAGGAGCAUCAGUGCGAAGAAGCACGCCGACUCGUCUGCCCUCUCGAAUGACGAUUCGUCCGACAUCGACUUCUCCGUGGCGAUUAACCAGAAUUUGAAGAAAACGAAGAAGAAAAAAGGCUAG